AUGUAUCAUCAUCAACAACAGCUCCAGAGCCACAACCAGCUCUUAGCUUCUAGGCAGACUUUCCCUUCAGAGAGGCACUUACUUUUGCAAGGAGGAAUUAUUCCAGGAGAGUCAGGGCUUAUACUCUCAACUGAUGCUAAACCCAGGUUAAAAUGGACCCCUGAGCUACAUGAUCGUUUCGUGGAGGCAGUAAAUCAACUCGGCGGACCAGACAAAGCCACCCCAAAAACCAUUAUGAGGCUCAUGGGUGUCCCUGGACUAACAUUAUAUCAUCUUAAGAGCCACCUCCAGAAAUACAGACUAAGCAAAAAUCUCCAUGUUCAAGCCAAUGUCGGAAAUUCAAGAACUGCCGCAGGAUGCACCAUAGCAACAGAGAAACAAUCUGAAGGAAAUGGAUCGCCAGUCGGCCACCACCUUAAUACACAGACAAACAAAGUAAUGAAAGAGCAUGUAAGAAAAAUCAGAAAAAUUGUGAUUAACUGUAAAUCCUUAAGGCAACACUUUCUGUAUAUUCCGGUGCAAAGACACCUGCAACUCCGGAUUGAAGCACAAGGGAAGUACCUACAAUCAGUGUUGGAAAAGGCACACGAGACACUUGCAAAGCAGAAUACAGGCUCGGGUGGUCUAGAAACUGCAAAGAUGCAACUAUCAGAAUUGGUCUCAAAAGUAUCAACAGAAUGCUUCCAUAAUGCUUUUACAAGCUUUGAGGAGAUUGAGGGAUCACAGAUGCUACGAAGGCAGACCAUGCAGCUUGGUGAUGGAUCAGUUGACAGCUGCUUAACUGCAUGCGAGGGCUCACAAAAGGAUCAAGAUAUCCUGUCAAUGAGCCUUUCUGCUCAAAAAGGAAAGGAGAUUGGAGGCAUGGCAUUCGAUCUGCAAAUGAAAGAAAGAGGACACGAAGAUUUGUUUCUCAACAAGCUAAGCAGAAGGCCUCCAAACCACCAUGAAGGACACGAGAGGAGAGACAGCUUGAGUAUGACAUACCAGGCAACGAAAUUGGAUUUAAACAUGAAUGACACAAAUAAUGGAACUCAGAAUAGCAAGAAAUUCGAUUUAAAUGGGUUCAGCUGGAGCUAG